CAAAUUUACAAGGCAAAAACAUAUUAGUAUUAUGUCAGCUUUUCGAGCUACACGUGUGUAUUGCAUAUGGUUAGGCCUACAAGCUUUUAGUUUUCUUUAAUGAAGUUGGACGAGCAUUACAGUGGUGAGAUUUAAACAAAGAAGAUAAACUUAAACUAUAGUUACUUCCUGUUUCCUGUUUGAUGUAUUAUUUUAUGCUUGGUUUAGAGGUUUAUACUAUCUAAAGAUGGAAUCCCCACUAAAUUUGGCUCACCAGCAGGCCAGGAAGGCUGAUAUGAUGAUGAAAUCUGGAAAAUUUGAAAGUGCAAUUUGUUGCCACAGGAGAGCAUCAGAGCAUUUGCUGGAGGCCAUGUUACAGACACAUUGCCAGCACGCUUUGGAAUCCCUGCGUCUACAACAUCAACACCAUCUCCGCCAGCAGGACAUCCUUCAGGAAAAACAGAUUUGUGUGGAAAAAACAUUGUUAUGGCAGAAUCGAUCCCGGAACACUGUGAGCCAGGCAUCGCAGACACAGGGAGCCCAUCAACCGAGUCAGAAUGAUGUGGAUGCUGAUGCUGACCUCUUUCUGAGAGCUGAUGGUGAGGAACUGUACAAGACUCUGACAGAGACGGAUAGUCUCUUGAACUUCCUCGCUCUGAGAAAGCAGAGUCUGUCCCUGGCUUACCAGAGAGACACGCAGCCGAAACCAGAGUUUGUGAAGAUUCCCAAGGACGACAAGACUGUGAUUGAGGAAUUGCGAAUACACAAUGACGAGCUGAGGAGGUGCAUACGGCAGUUGCUGGAGGAGGUGGAAGACCUAAGAAAGGAGAAUCGAGUUCUGCCUUCACAGAUGGACAAGAAGGAGCAGUCGGGACAGAUAGGUGAAGAGUUUUUGACAUUCGACCUGCCACCUCUAGAAAUGCCGACUUUAAAUCUGGAUAUGUGGAAGUCGGACUGCAAAGAUCAAGACACCAGUUUUGAAGAAAGUGUCUCAACGGUGGAAGAUCAUGUCUAAAUGUUCUUUACAGUCGGAAUCAGAAAGUUUUGUCUGGGAAAGAGGGUGGGGACUAGGUUAGACAUUUUUAAUAUGUGAUGUCUCAGUAAUUUUUAAGAAAUAUAAAUAACACUGAAGCAUCAAGUUGUGAUCAAGAACAGAUUGUGUUGUGAGUGUGUUAAUUAUGUGUUGAUAUUGAAGAUUCUGAACAUAAAAGGAACAAGAUGUACUUCAGUAGAGUGAUUGCCAGGGGUGCUCGUGUCAUACGACUCAUGUGCUAUACAUCAAGUGUCCACAAAUCAGUCUAUUUUUGGAAUAGAGGAAUAAAGUUCUAGUGAUACUGAAGUUUGCAAUUUUGUAUUUUAGUUUACAGUUGAAUUCACCACGUAACCAGCUGGCGGUUUGCAUGAAUUUAAAGUUGCUCACCCCACACAUGGACAGAACAGUGGAACAUGCCAAAUAUUGUGCUCUGUGAUGAUUAAUUAAUAAUUUCAUUCUACAGAUUUCAUUAAACAAAAAUAAAAUAAUGUGAAGGAAAAGCACGACAAUGGAUUGGAAAUGUUAAGGAAUAUCUAAAUUUAAAGUGCUAUGCAGGAAAUAAUUUUAAUACAGAAUGAUGACUCAGUCUUGCAUUAUAACCUUGUCAUCUGAAAGAGGAGGUACAGCUGGAAAGUCCAAUUAAAAAAACAGAGAGGUCACACAUUCAUGGAGUUUUUUUUCUUGUGACUAAUCAAAAGGUGGCAUCAUAAAACAGACCUACAUGCAGUUCGGAGCAACAGAAUUACCAGAAAUCAUUAUGGUUGUGGCAAACAUUUCUGUGUACACUGAUACUCUUAAACGAGCAGGAUUGUAUGAUCAAGAAUAACUUAAUUCUACUUUAUCUCUUUUGUAUGUCAGUUUGCUAAUAAAUAUAGACUUUUUUUUAAAAUGGCAAUUAUAGAAGUAGUAAAGAAAAUUUAAUCAUAGACUCCACAUUAAGGUCUAGUACACUUUUUGUCAGUGUUACGUUAGUAAGUUUUGUUCAGAUGAUUUAUAAAUUAUAGAGGUUAUCAAGUUUUUUGUAAUUUUAUACCAUAUAAAAAGAAAAAUGCUGAAAGUAUCCACUGGUCCUUAAAUUUAUUUAGCAUAGUGUUAUGGUCUAAUUUUUGUGUACACACAAAUGUGAAAUGAAAAUUUAAUAUACUGUUAUUGUUGUUUAGAAAAGUGAAUAAAUGUCGAAAUGAU